UAAAUCACUCAACCACUUAAAUUCCAUUCUCCAUCUCAUCAACACAUACAAUAAUAAAAUCCCUAUUGAUCCACCUCCAUACAAUGCCAAAGAAACUCAUCUCUAAUCUUGAUCACACUGUCAAAGAGAGAAGAAAAGUAUUUGACCACUAUAUAUCCACUUUAAGAAAUAAGAAGAAAUCUAAGAAGAGCUCAAGAAGAGAAAGCAGUAGAGUGUAAGACAAUAGUCCAUUGAUCCAUACAGAGAAAUUCUAGAGUAGAAGAAGAUAUAUAUAUAUAUAUAUAUAAAGCAAGAGAAGAAGAAGAAGAAGAGAUCAAUAAAAUGGGUCUUUGUUGCUCCAAACUCACAGAGAUUCCCAUCACCUCUGGCUCUGUAAAACUCCCAACACAAGCACAAGCACAACCAAAAACACCAUCACAAACACCAGCAAAAACACCAACACAACAAGCACAACCACCAUCAUCACUACACAAAACUCCAACACAACCACCACCAUCAACACUACCAAAACAAGACACAAAAACACCAACAAAAGCAACAACACUACCGAUAACUUCGGCAAAAUCAAGCAUUCCAUCACUUUCAAGAUCGACAUCGAAACUUGGCCGUGUUUUGGAGAAACCAAUGGUGGAUGUCAACUCCUUCUUCAUCCUCGAGAAAGAGCUCGGCCGUGGCCAGUUCGGUGUCACCUACCUCUGCACCGAGCGCUCUACCAAACAUAAGUAUGCAUGCAAGUCUGUCUCUAAGCAGAAACUUGUGAGCAAAAGUGAUGUUCAGGACAUGAGAAGAGAGAUCAUGAUCCUUCAGCAUCUCACAGGCCAGCCAAAUAUAGUAGAGUUCAAGGGUGCCUACGAAGAUGAAAAUAGUGUGCAUUUGGUGAUGGAGUUGUGUGAAGGAGGAGAACUGUUUGAUAGGAUAAUAGCCAAAGGAACUUACUCAGAGAAAGAAGCAGCUGCUCUUUGCAGAGACAUUGUCAAUGUUGUACAUGUUUGCCAUUUCAUGGGAGUCAUUCACCGAGACUUAAAGCCUGAGAACUUCUUGCUCGUUAAACGUGACACUUCUGAGAUCAAGGCCACUGAUUUUGGCCUUUCUGUCUUCAUUGAAGAAGGCAAAGUCUAUAAAGAACUUGUAGGGAGUGCUUACUAUGUGGCUCCAGAAGUAUUGAAAAGGAAUUAUGGGAAGGAGAUUGAUGUAUGGAGUGCUGGUGUCAUUCUUUACAUCCUUCUUUGUGGAAUGCCUCCUUUCUGGGCAGGUAUUAUCACAGCUUCAAAUCUUCUUCUCAUCCUGCUCGUAAGUAAAAACAUCAUGUUUUCAGAAAUUUGUAUAUUCGAUGCUAUAUUACAAGGCCACGUCGACUUAAAAAGUGCACCGUGGCCUUUGAUUUCUGAUGGUGCGAAGGACCUAAUCAAGAAGAUGCUGACUCAGGAUCCUAAAAAGAGAAUUACUGCUGCUCAGGCCCUUGAGCAUCCAUGGUUGAGAGUAGGAGGUGAAGCACCUGACAAACCCAUUAGCAGUGCAGUUCAAGACAGAUUGAAACAAUUCAGAGCAAUGAAUAAGAUGAAGAAGCUUGCGCUAAAGGUUAUUGCAGAGAAUUUAUCAGAGGAAGAUAUCAAGGGUUUACAGCAGAUGUUUAAGAACAUGGAUACAGAUCAAAGCGGCACAAUUACAUAUGAAGAGUUGAAGGUGGGGCUGUCUAGAUUGGGAUCUAGGAUGACCGAAAACGAAAUCAGGCAACUAAUGGAUGCGGCUGAUGUUGACAAAAAUGGAAGUAUCGACUACAUCGAGUUUAUUACAGCCACAAUGCAUCGGCAUCGGUUGGAUAACGAUGAGAACUUGUACAAGGCCUUUCAGUAUUUUGAUAAGGAUGGAAGUGGGUAUAUAACAAGAGACGAAAUUAAACAAGCAAUGCAAGAAUAUGGAAUGGGUGAUGAUGCAACUAUUGAUGAAAUUAUUGAUGAUGUCGAUACAGAUAAGGAUGGAAGGAUUGAUUUUGAGGAAUUUGUGGCAAUGAUGAGGAAAGGACAUACAUGAUUCUUGACGAGGCUGAAGACAUGCACUUGAAUAAUUCAUUUAAUAUGUUUGGUGUACAUGAUUUCCCCCUAAAAAUACUUUAAGAGCAAACUGAACUAAAAGCAACCUAUCUUAAACACAAACACCAGAUGUUCAUAAUACAAAGAUAAGCUAUGCCAAUAUAAUUUUUUUUUUGUGA